CAAUCACAACAACAACAACAACAACAACAACAGCAGCAGCAGCAGCACAACAAAAUCUUCAACAACAACAAGAACCAUAUAAUAUUCGUUAUAAUAAUGGACAAACACCUCCAAUGAAUAAUGGUGUUAUAGGUGGUGGUGGUGGUGGUGGAGAUUUUCAUAGUGCCAAUAAUAAUAAUUCCAUGUUGAUGCAAUCACAUCAUCAUCCUCAUCAUCAUCAUCAUCAUCAACAGCAUCAUGAUGGUUCAUCCAUUAGACAUGAUUCAACAAUGUAUGGUGGACAUCAGCAUAUGAAUAAUUCUUAUCCAAAUCAACAAUCGUAUCAAACACCUCAACAACAACGGAUGCAACCAACAAAUUGUUUAAAUGGAUCUCUUAAUAAUAAUCAAUGUACCUCGCAAUCAUCAUCUACGAUGGCCAUGACAGCCGGACAUCAAGCAUGUGGUCCAGCUACAAUGUCUGGUCAUCAUCAUACUCACCAUAAUGGCGGUAAUGGUGGUGGUUCACAUCAUGGAAACGGAAUGAUGAUGUCCGCUGGAACACAUCAAGAUCCCACAAUGAUGACAACAUCGGCUGCUAUGAAAUCCAAUAAUUAUAACAACAGUCGUGCAUCAACAAUGCGUAAUGUUACACCAUCAACAAAUCAAGCCGCUUAUUCAAGAACGGCCAAUCCAACACAACAGCAUUAUUCUUCAUCACAAACGCCCAAAAGAUCUUCCUCAUCAUCAUCAUCGGCUGCAAUGUCACAACCAUAUUCAAUGAUGAAUCAAAAUAAUGUUUAUCAUAACAAUAAUUAUGGUAUGCAACCACAACAACAAAAUCAACCUCAUUUCAAUAACUCACAGUAUCCUGUUAAUCAGAACAUGUCAUACAACCCGAAAACAUCAUCAAUGCCAUUACAACAACAACAACAACAGACACAAUCGCAGCAACAACCACAAAUGUUUAACAAUUCGAUGAUGCCUGUUGCAACAAUGAAUAAUGGAAACACUAAUAGUAAUGGAUAUAACCAUCAUCAUACUCAUCAUCAACAUCAUGGACAAUCGACGAAUACAGCAGCCACAACAGCAGCAACGACCAAAUCCACACUUCAUCAUCAUCAUCAACAACAGAUGCGUAAUCAACAAGGUCAAUUCAUGUCAAGCAAUCAAUAUUAUUCAUCGUCAUCAUCGGCAACGCCAACGGUGGCGGCGGCUACAUCAGCCACCUCAAAUACAGCGGCAGCAGCCGCCCAUCACCAACAAUCACAGCAAAUGGCCCAAAAUCAUUCACACCAUUCUUCCCAUCAUCAUCCUCAUCAUCACCAACAACAUCAUUCGCAUUCACAACAGGCACAAAUGCAUUCAACACAUCAUCAGCAUUCACUUCAUCAAAACAAUAAUCAAAUGACUGGCAAUAUGACUCCAAAUAAUCAGAUCUCAAAUCAUCAUCACCAUCCUCAUCAAUAUGAUAUCAACAAUUCUGGUAGCUAUGGUACGGGUGGUGUUGGUAGCCAACCUUAUGGCCAACAACAUCACAAUAGCUCUUAUUCUCAACAACAACAUUGGUCAAUGUCUGGUUCCGGUGGCUCAAACAAUCAGGGUCAACAAUGUAAUGGUGGUGCUGUUGGUAACAAUAUCAAUUCGUAUCAACAUUCACCGAUUCCUGGCAAUCCUACACCACCAUUAACACCGGCAUCGAACAUUCCACCAUAUCUAUCACCAAAUGGUGCCGAUAAUAAAUCAUCAAAUCUAACUAUUAACGAUGUUAAACCAAGACUUUCAUCAAAUCAACGUGAUGAUGAAAUUCGUCUAACUUUUCCGGUACAUGAUGGUAUUAUUUUACCACCAUUCCGUUUGGAACAUAAUCUUGCCGUCAGUAAUCAUGUAUUCCAUUUGAAACCAAAUGUAUAUGAAACAUUGAUGUGGCGCCACGAUCUAGAAUUACAAUUAAAAUGUUUCCAUCAUCAAGAUCAACAUAUGAAUACAAAUUGGCCAGCAUCGGUUCAAGUAUCGGUCAAUGCCACUCCAUUAGUGAUUGAACGUAGCGAUACGAAAACGUUCCAUAAGCCAUUAUAUUUGAAAGAUAUUUGCCAAUCUGGACGUAAUAUGAUUCAAAUCACUGUGACAGCAUGUUGUUGUUCACAUCUAUUUAGCUUACAAUUGGUACAUCGGCCAACAUUACGUUCUGUGUUACAAGGUUUACUACGAAAACGUUUGCUUCCAGCUGAUCAUUGCGUGACAAAAAUUAAACGCAAUUUCUCCAACAAUGGAUCAUUGACGCCAUCACAACAAUAUGAUGAUAGUAUAGAGCCGACUGCCAUUAAAGUUCCACUUAAAUGUCCGGUUACAUUCAAAAGGAUCUUAUUACCAUCACGUGGUCCAGAUUGUAAACAUAUUCAGUGUUUUGAUCUUGAAUCCUAUCUACAAAUGAAUGCCGAUAAAAACACCUGGAAAUGUCCGAUUUGUAAUAAACCGGCUUUUCUUGAAGGUCUUGAAGUUGAUCAAUAUAUUUGGGGUAUAUUGACAUCGACCGGUUUGGAUGUUGAAGAAGUAACCAUUGAUUCAAAUGCCUAUUGGAAACCAAUCAAUAAAUAUGAUUCAGGAAACUACAACACAUCAAAACGAUUCAAGGCUAAUUCACCGAAUAGUAUGCAAUUGCCAACAUCAAGUUCUUGGGAACUUGGUCAAGGCCUAUCACCAUACCAAUCAUCGAUGCCCACACCUGACAUGCAAUCUAUUUUAAAUGGAUCCAAUACUACUACUAGCAACAAUAAUGGUAUCCAAUCAAAUAACGGCAAUAUCAACAACAACAAUAACAACUCAUCAUCAUCAUUGAUACAAUCAUCAUCAUCAUCAAUGUCGAGCUUUGAAUUUCAUUCAUCUGCAUCUGAAUUUGCACCAUUGAUGCAUGAUUCAUCUAAUGAUAUGGGAAUGGCUACUAUCAAUCCAUUAACAGCUAUAGAAAAAUCCAUUAGCCAUGUUGAACAGAAUAUGGGUCCACCUGUAUUCGGAUCAUUAGGUUCAGCAAAUACAACAUCCGAUAAUACCACCAAUAAUAAUAAUGGAAUACCUACCAGGCCAAGCAGUACCAAUUUGAAUAAUAAUAAUGCAAACAAUGCUAAUAAUAAUCCAAGCUUAUUGAAUACACCUCCAUCAACAUCAUCAUCAGCAUCAUCGGUUGCCAGUAAUAAUGGUGGUAGUUCGAUCAUGAAUCCCGGUAGCCAUGGUCCACAUACACCUGCAACACCAUCUUCCUCAGCAGCUGUUUGCAGCAGCAGUAGUAAUAAUAAUAAUCAUGGUGGACCAAAUACACCACACACUCCACAUACACCACACACACCUCAUACGCCCGGUAGUUCAAUGAAUAAUAAUCAAACAUCAGCACCUAGAACGCCACAAGGUAGUGAACAAUCAUCAUUAUCAUCAACGAAUAGUCAAAAUGGUGGUAGUAGUAAAAAUGGAAACAGUAAUAGUAAUCCUGGUUCCGCAUUGAAUGAUCUCCAUUUUGAUCCAGCUGCCGUUAUUGAUGGCGAAGGUCAAGGACAAGAAACACUUAAUCUUCUUCCGGACAACAUGGUCGAUAUGGAAUUAUUGUCCUAUCUAGAGCCAUCAGAUUCAGGCCUAGGUACGGGUAAUUCAUCAAGUGUUGAUCUAAGUGGAUCAUUAACAUCAGUCGACGAUAGUGUCGUUGCUGAAGAAAUACUCUCAUUAUUUGACAAUUGAUUGAUACAUACAUACAUACAUAACAUAACAUGAAACCAAAAACAAAAACAAAAACCAGUGACCAAAU